UUUGAAUUCCUUUUCGCAGCUGUAGUAGAUCUCGCCUCUCUAGAUCUGCUUUCUUUGAUUAUGACGAACUAUUUCUAAUUUCUGUUCAGAAGGAAGACAAAAGAAGGGUUAAGCAAGUUAGUUAAUAGAUAAAGCUUGGGAUUAUUUCUACCUCUACAUGACUGACGAAUCUGUCAAAGCUUGUAAUCCAACAAUAGAAUCAACUGAUAAACAAAAUGAUGAGCUAACAACUGAAGAUUCUGAUCAAUUACAACAUGAAACAAGUGAAGACAGUACAGGCAGUGAAGAUUUGAGAAUAUUUUUAAAGGAAUUACAUGAAAAAGUAAAAGAAGACCAACAACUCCAUCUACAAACUCAACAUGCUCAACAAGCGCAUGCUGUCAUACCUUCUUCACCAGGAGGGCAUUUACAACCAACUGGUGUGAUAAAUCCUGGUGAAUUAUCAUCCAUUGGUGGUGGUGGUGGUGCUGCUGCUGCCGCUGUAUCUCAUCAUUCAUCACAAUGUAAUUUGAAAACAAAUCAACCAUCUAUACAACAGUAUCAAACACAUGGUCAAGUAACUAAUGUUACUGCUGAUCAAUAUUAUCAUACAUCUAAAACAGAAUUAAAUCCAUAUGAUAUUGUCUCAGAUGGUGGUUGGGGUUGGUUAGUUGUCCUCGGAUCAUUUUGUUGUAUGGUAUUAGUUGAUGGUAUAUGUUUCACUUAUGGUCUAUUAUUACAUCCAAUUUGUCCAUAUUCUCAUUUACGUGUACUGUCGUCCUCCUCAUCCUCACCCUCACCAUCCUCAUCAUCAUCGUUAUUAUUAUCAUCAUUAACAAAUGGACAUAAAUUCAAUGAAACUGGUCCAAUUAAAUACUUGCGUAAUGAUCGUAAUAUUCAACCAAUUAUUGGUAGUUGUAUACCAAUAUCUGAAUUAGGUGAAGAUUUUCAUAUACAACAACGUUCAAUUUUAUUAACUCCUGGUGGUCUUAUCAUUGGAUUAUAUUUAUUUCUUGGUCCACUUGUUAGUGCAUUGAGUAAUCAAUUUGAUUUUCGCCCAGUAGCUAUGGUUGGUGCAAUCAUUACUACAAUUGCAUUGCUAAGUAGUGCUUUUGUAAAAACAUUCGAAUUGUUCAUAUUGACAUUUGGACUUCUUGGUGGUAUUGGUCUAUCAUUCAUCUAUUUACCAGCUAUAGCUACUGUUGGACAUUGGUUUCAACAGAAACGUCCAUUAGCUGUUGGUUUAGCAUUAUGUGGCAGUGGUGUAGGUUGUUUAAUCGGUGGUCGAGCAAUUCCACGUUUAGUUAUUCUGUUUACUUGGCGUGGAACAUUAAUUCUACUGGCUGCAAUUUGUUUUCAAUGUUUAACACUAAUUUUAUUAUUUCGUCCAUGGGAUUUACAUUUUCAAAUAAUACAAGCCCAAAAAGUUAAACGUUUAGCACGUGAAGCUGCACGUCGUGCAGCUGCUAUACGUCGUGCUGAAACAGAACGUGUACUACUCGAAGCUAGACGACGUAAAUGUAUGACAUCGUUGGGGGCACCUGUUACAAUUCAAACUGCCGGUGUAAGAAAACAUUCGAAUACCAAUGCUAUUUUAAUGCAUAAUAAUAAUAGUAAUAAUCAUAUUAAACCAGGCUUACAAGGUCAACCACCACCACCAUCACGUGAAUAUCGUUCGAAUUCAAGUGAUUUCAUUGCUGGUGGUGGUGGUGGUGGGGGUGGUGGAGGAGUUAUUCGUGUUACCACUAGUGCUGCCGGUCGAAGAAACACUGCACAAUAUGAUCGUAUACAUCAUAUUAAUCAAACAAGAAAUGGACGUCAAAGUAAACAUUUCAUUCUGAAUCCUUAUAAUCGUAUACAACAAAACUCUGCUAUAACGACGAAUAUUCGAUCAAAUGCUAUCACUGGUAAUCGUUCAGUUAAUAAUCAUCAUCAUCAAAAUCCUAGCUCUAAUCGGAUGGUUAGUCGAAAAAGGACACCAAGUCGUCGUGGUAUUGUUUAUCGUGGAUCAAUAAUGCAACGUAUUAUUGAAGAGAAACGACGUCAACGUACUAUAUCUGUUGGCAGUUUAGAUGGUAUGGUUAUAACGAAAGAUAAUGAAUUAAUCUCUGCAUCAAAAAUUAUUAAUCAAGAUAAACCAUUAUAUGAUUGGAAUAAAACAAUUAUGCCAAGAAUAACUGAGAAUGUGGUAAUGAUGACAACAGUGACACAUGAAAAUGAAACAAAAAAGUUAAAUAGUAGUAGUAGUCAUAAUACUGAUAAUAAUGUUAUCACAUCGAAAUUAUCCAUUGUUAAUAAUGGCAUUGACAAUAAUAACACUGACAACAACAUCAUUGAUGAUCACAACAAUGUUAUUAUUAGUAAUAAUAUUAAUAAUCAUACAAAUACAAAUACUACUACUAUUAGUAAUAAUAAUCCUGAGAAUGCUGGGGUUGUUGUACUUGGUGCAUCAGGUGGAAAUUCAACACUUGGUAGUCGAACUGGUGGUCAUUGUAGUCAAACAAAUUUAAGUGUAGCUAAUUCAGCCAAUUUAUUUACUAAUCAAUUUAUACCACCGGCGCCAUGUCCAUCGAUUCCGUUGAUUACUCCUCAACAAUCUAUUGUACAUAAUGUAUCAUCAUUCCCUGUACCAUUGGGUAGUCAAAUUAUCAAUCAAUAUGGAGGAAAUAUAGAUAGAAUGGAUUCUACAACAGGUACAAAUAAUCCAGAAAAUGUAGACAUCUUCGCUACGCCUGUCAUAUCUGAUCAACUUGGUCUAAGUCAUCGAAUAAUCAAUAAUGUCUAUGGUAGUAAUAGUACUACAACAACAACCAAUGUCAAUGUACAACCACCGCCACUAUCACAACAACAACAACUCCAAGAUGAACUCAUUGAUUAUGGAGUAGAUAUUGAAAUCGGGGAAGUCGGCGAUGUGAUGAUUGAUGAUGACGCUGAUGCUGAUGAUUUAGAAGAGAAUGAUGAUAAUCGUGAUACCCUAUUGAUGGAUGAAACUAAUGAUACAUGUUGUUCAAAAUGUUUCAAUAUUUAUUGUCAUAAUAAAUUAUGUUGUGGCAAUGUAUUAUUCUAUUGUUGGACAUGUAAUCCAAUUGGAAUAUUAAUGCAAGAUUUAUUAUCAUUGAAAAUAUUAUCAAAUAUAACAUUUUUAUUCUUUCUUUUGUCAAGUAUGUUAGCUAUGCUUGGACUAGUUAUCCCAUUUCUAAUGUUACCUGAUCUAUUAGCAGAAAUGAAUUGGAAUAUUGAUGAUUCCGGUUUUAUUAUUUCAUCGAUUGGUGCAGGAAAUACAAUUGGACGUUUAUUUGCUACUUUCUACAUUGGAAAAGCUUGGUUUACAAUGUAUAAAUGGGCUGAUUCAUUAUGGAUGAAUAAUAUCUCUUUAUUAUUAACUUGUAUAACUGUAUUUAUACUACCAAUUGUAAGACGAUAUUAUGCAGCUUUGGUUUUAACCUCAUGUUGUUUUGGACUUUUCUCAGCUGUAUUCGUCUCGUUGAAAAGUAUCCUAGUUGUAGAAUUAAUUGGUGUGGAUCGUUUAACUAAUGCAUUUGGCUAUCUACUUCUAUUUCAAGGUUGUGCAGCUGCAAUCGGUCCACCAAUUGCAGGUUAUUUAAGAGAUGUACAAAUAGCUAAAACACCUGAAUUCAGUAUUUCCACAAUGUAUAAUGGUCCAGUGCAUAAUGCUUCCUGUGUGGCGUUUUUAUUCUCUGCUACUGUAUUGCUUGCCUCUUGUCUUCUUGGUUGUCCAUUACGUUGGUUAUCAAAACGUGAAUUGUCUAAUAAAUCAAUCAUGAUACCACCACCAUCAUCAUCAUCAUCAUAUAAUCCGACUGCGAAUGAAUUAAUCAUGCCAAAUCACGUGGAUCAUACAAAUUACGGUUAUGAAUGUAACACGAAUUCAUCAACUUUGCCUACAACUGAUCCUGACUAUUAUGUUGCACAGCAACAGCAACACCUUUCUGGUAUGUUAGUUAGUGGUGAAUAUCAAUCACCAGAUGUGAAUUAUAAUUCACGACCAGUGGAUUCAAUUUCUAUUGGUCGACGUAUUGAUAUGGUUGAUGUUGGUGGUAGUAGUAGUAGUAAUUACGCAACAACUCAAACAAUCGUCAUGCCUUCUUCAACCUCGCUGACAAUGAUUGAUGCAUUGAAACCAAUGUCAACUGUUACCACCACUGGUCAAUUAUCACCAUCUAUUAUUAUAGCUCAAUCUUCAGUAAAUUGUUGUCCACUGAUUUCUUCAUCUUCAACAACAGUAGCGCCAACAUUGACAUUAGCUGGAAUUAGUAGUAGUAGUGGUGCUGUUGUUGUUGUUCCUGGAUCGUUUGAUAGUAGUCAAACAUUAGAUACUUCUGUGAAUAUUUCUAGUGGUACAACAACAACAACAACAACAAUACCUAUGGCAUUGCCUGUUGUUACGAAUUCUGUUCCUGUAGUAAGUAAUAUUGUUGGUGGUGUAUUGCCUACGCCUUUGGUACCAUUAUCACUGGCAUCUCAAUCUGUUGAAGUUUUAGAAGUAAAAGAAGGUCCAGUCUUGGAACCAGUUGUUGAAGAAGAAGAAGAAGAAGAAGAGGAAGAGGAAGAAGAAGAUUAUCAACAAGAUGACGGUGAUUACGAUAAUGAACCAGAUGAUAUAGAUCAACAAAGAAGAAGCAGUCAAUUAGAAUCAAGCAUAUUUUCAUCAUUAACAGAACCAAAUGUCAAUAUUGAUAGUAGUAGUAUUCCAACAUUGGAAUCAAGUUUUAAUCAAGAUACUACUACUACUAGUACUAGUAGUACUAUUACUGGUGAUUCCCUGUCAACAAAUGAUCUCACAUCAUCUUUACGUAAUAUCCCGUCACGACGUAAAGAUGGUACAAAACCGAAACGUCGUAAAACUAGUUCUAAACCAUUGGAAUUAAAUAAUGGUUCAAUCAUUGUAAAGAAUAAAUUUACUGUAAAUACAAUUAGUGAUGUCGAAGUUGAUGAAAAUGACAAUAUGCCAAGAAUUCCUGUUGUAACAACGAAUACCACUGCUGCUGCUGCUCCUACAACAACGACGACUACUACUAGUAGUACUCCUACUCCUACUCCAGCUAGUACUACUGGUAGUACUAUUGAUAGUAUAGAUAACAGUAGCACACCAACUACUACUACUACUAGUACAACCGAUAAUAACAAUGAAGUCAUUGUUGAUAGUGAUAAUAGUCUUAAUAAUACUCAUCAAAAUAAUAAAGAUACUAGCCAAUCAUAAAUGAUAUGAACACAAUUUAAAGAUUGUUUCUAUUUUCUCAAAUAAUAUUCAAGAUUUUUUAUGCUUUCUUACCCAUAUAUAUAUAUAUAUAAAUA